AGACGGAGGAGGAAGAAAGAAGGAAGGAAUCUUGAAAUGGUAAAUUAAAGAAGAGAAGAAUAAUGAGAAAAAUAACAAAGAUUUUAAUACUGGACUAGACAGCUGGGCAGAGUGCAAUGAAGCAGUACACUUCUUUUAUGAUGCUUCCUCUGUAUUCAUCCCUGUACUUAUAAAUAUAUGUCUGUUUAUAUAAACUACAUAUCUAUGUGAGGCCACAAAUCUCAUUCUUUCUCUCCCAUUAUCUCCAUAGAGGGGCACUCAAGUUUUGUGUAUACACACAGAAGAAGCUCAGAAGAGUGUUUUUGUGUAUCUGUAACUUGAGAUAGCUGACUAGUUCUGAGAACAUGAAGCACAAGGAUGGAAAACCGAUAUAUGAUAAGAAGUCCAGGGUCGUUCCCCUGACAGUAUUGCUUGUUGUGCUCUGUUCAGUUUCUUUCUAUCUUGGUAAAGUCUAUUGUCCAGAGAAAGACAGAAUUGUGGCUAAUGGUAUAGGCAAAGCAGCGGUAUCUUCCAAGACGGCCGUUAACCCUCUCCAAGUGAAAUCUGUUUCCUUCCCUGAAUGUGGCAUAAACUAUCAAGAUUACACUCCAUGCACAGAUCCCAAUAGAUGGAGAAAGUAUGAUGUUCAUCGUCUUACAUUCAUGGAACGCCAUUGCCCUCCACUUUUCGAGAGGAAGGAAUGCUUGGUUCCUCCCCCUGAUGGUUACAAGGUACCAAUCAAAUGGCCUACAAGCAAAAAUGAAUGUUGGUACAGAAAUGUGCCAUAUGAUUGGAUUAAUAAGCAGAAGUCUAAUCAGCAUUGGCUGCAGAAAGAAGGUGAGAAGUUCCGUUUUCCUGGUGGAGGUACUAUGUUUCCCAAUGGCGUUGGCGCAUAUGUUGACUUGAUGCAAGAUCUAAUCCCUGGUAUGAAAGAUGGGACUGUUCGGACUGCCAUUGAUACUGGAUGUGGGGUUGCUAGCUGGGGAGGUGAUUUACUUGAUCGGGGAAUUUUAACAGUUUCUCUUGCUCCAAGAGAUAACCACGAGGCUCAAGUCCAAUUUGCUUUGGAACGAGGAAUCCCUGCAAUUCUAGGAAUUAUCUCCACCCAACGACUUCCUUUCCCUUCAAACUCAUUUGAUAUGGCUCAUUGCUCGAGAUGCCUGAUCCCAUGGACUGAAUUCGGUGGAAUUUACCUCCUUGAAGUUCAUCGUAUCCUUCGUCCAGGAGGAUUCUGGGUUCUCUCUGGGCCUCCAGUGAACUAUGAAAACCGCUGGAGAGGUUGGAACACUACUAUUGAAGACCAGAAAUCUGAUUACGAGAAGUUGCAAGAGUUGCUCACCACAAUGUGCUUCAAGUUAUUUGACAAAAAGGAUGACAUUGCUGUGUGGCAGAAGUCUUCUGAUAACAACUGCUAUAAGCAGCUUGAUAGUGUAGACAUAUACCCGCCUAAAUGUGAUGACGGCACUGAACCAGAUUCAGCAUGGUACACCCCACUUCGGCCUUGUGUUGUUAUUCCAAACAAGAAGAGGCAGCUAUCACUAUCAUCACUUCCCAAGUGGCCCGAAAGAUUGCAUUCUGCACCAGAACGUGUUGCUGAUGUUCGUGGUGGCAGUGAUGGUUCCUUCAAGCACGAUGAUAGUAAAUGGAAGGUACGAGCUAAGCACUACAAGAAGUUGCUUCCAGCAAUCGGAACUGAUAAGAUAAGAAAUGUAAUGGACAUGAACACACUAUACGGAGGAUUUGCUGCUUCUGUUAUUGAUGCUCCCCUAUGGGUGAUGAAUGUUGUCUCGUCCUACGCUGAGAAUACACUUGCAGUAGUAUAUGACAGGGGCCUUAUCGGAACCUACCAUGACUGGUGUGAGGCUUUCUCAACAUAUCCUCGAACAUACGAUUUACUUCAUGCAGAUGGCCUCUUUACUUCUGAAAGUCACAGAUGUGAUAUGAAGUUUGUGCUCCUAGAGAUGGAUAGGAUUCUCCGGCCUAACGGAUAUGCAAUAAUCCGCGAGUCAAGCUUCUACACAGAUGCAGUUGCAACUGUGGCGAAAGGAAUGAAAUGGAGCUGUCGUAAAGAGGACACCGAAUAUGGAGUAGAAAAGGAGAAGUUGUUGGUUUGCCAGAAGAAGCUGUGGUACUCUAAGCAAAGCUCUUAGGCAAAAACAACAAGCUCAAUACAAUUUCAAGUGAUAAAUAUCAUGCAAGGAUUGUAAGUGCACCUAUAGAGAAGAGAAGAAAGGGUCUCCGUAACAGUUACACAGAAAGAUAGUUAAUUUAUACAUUCUUGAAACUGAAAGAAGUCCUUUCACAUAAUGUAUUUUUUGUAAUGAUUUACAGUUUAAUGUUGUAAUCGGUCAUAUAAUUUUUUUCAUCCA